AUGUUAGAUGAUCAAUCAUCAUCAUCAACAGCAGAAAUAGAAGUAGUAGAAGUAGUAGCUCCAGAAUAUCCACCACGAUAUCAUUCACACUCACCAGACUACAAUAGUUUACCAAUAAUCGGACGAGAUUAUUUUAAAACAAAUUCAAAACCUAUUUAUGAAGGUUCAAAUGGCAUUAUUCUAAAAGGUACAAACAAACUACACACAGAGAAUUUUAUUCUCAAAUUAAUCAAACAUCAUCCAUUUGAUUCGUCCCUGAAAUACAAGUACCUCGUUUUACGAGAAUUUGAAAAUUUGAAAAAACUGAAUCAUAAGAAUAUAAUUAAACCAGUUACUUUAUCACUCGUAACUGAAUCAAAUGAAUUUUGUUUAAUACUUCCAUAUUAUCCAAAAGGUGAUUUAUUAGAUCAUUUAUCGAAAUUACGUAAAUUUAGAAAAGGUUUAGAUUCAAAUACAAAAGAUUUCAUAUUUAAACAAAUUUUAAAUGGAGUAAAUUAUCUUCAUUCAAAUAAUAUAGUUCAUCGAGAUUUAAAGCCCGAAAAUUUCCUAAUUAAUAAUAAUGGAAUAAUUAAAAUUUCCGAUUUUGGAUAUUCUAUGAAUUUGAAUAAUUUAAAUCAUGAUUAUUUAAAAGAUCAUGUUGGAGAAUUAUAUUGUGGUACUAAUUCUUUCAAAAGCCCUGAAAUAUUUAAUCUUGAAACACAAGUACUUAAUGGUUUUUUUUCAUUUGAACAAUUUUUUGAAAUGACUGAUUUCGCUAUAUUUUAUAAAUCUUGUGAUUAUUGGAGUUUAGGAAUAAUUUAUUUUAAUAUUUAUUUGAUGAAAUUUCCUUGGGGUACUGCAAACAUAAAUGAUCCAAAGAAUAUAAAUUUUAUAAAAUAUAUGAAAAUAUAUCCAAAAGAUCAGCAUGCAAGUAUUGAAACUAUGAAUUUACAAUCUAGUAGUUUUCAAUUAUUUAAAGAAUUACAUCAUGAUGCUAAAAUAUGGGUUUUUAAAUUAUUAAAUCCAAAUUAUAAAUUGAGAAGUAAUUGUGAAGAAGUAUUGAAUACGCCUUGGAUGAUUAAUACUUUUUCGGAUUAUAAAUUUGAUAUAUAG